UAGAUGAAGACGGUUUCAGGUGGGCAGAACAGUUGCGUUUGACAGUAAAAAGCGAAUAAAUCCUGCACUUUAGUGGCAUCUUCGUAUUGCUAUUGUGAUUAAGGGAUGGAGGAUGGCUUCUCCCAUCUUCAGAUGUGUGUCCUGUGAACCUUUAAAUUACUGAAGGCUAUAAACUCACGAUUAUCAAUAUGUGCAAUCAUAAUGUCAUCUAUAAUCAGUAUGGCAGCACUUCAAAACGCCUACCUUUUCAGUGACCGGCAUACAAAACUGUGAGCUAAAGGACAAUAAGCUCACAAAUUGUAGUGCCAAGAAAAUAACACCCACUCAGAAAGCAAACUCUUGCAAAUGUUUUCAAAUGAAUUAACUUAAAAACAUCCAAAAAGAAAACCAUGCCUGACCUAAAAAACAGUAAAAAAAGAAAAGAAAAAUCCAUUCACUCUUACAGUGACUUCAUUUAUUUUCACCUUGCCUUCUAAUUAGAGCCAGAUAUCUAUUUGCAUACAGUCACAUGCUGCCAUGACUCAACCCAAUGUUACAGUACUCUUGGCUAAUAUCUCUGGAGGAUCUGAAUUGGGUAAUCUGUACCGUCCAUUUUCUGUGUUCAGUGUUCUCACACUCACUUUGCUGGCCAUGCUUGUGCUGGCCACCUUUGUAUGGAACCUUCUGGUUUUGGUGACCAUCCUGAGGGUGCGCACCUUCCAUCGUGUUCCCCACAAUCUGGUUGCCUCCAUGGCCAUCUCGGAUGUGAUGGUUGCAGGACUGGUUAUGCCCCUAAGUCUGGUUAGGGAGCUUUGUGGACGGCGGUGGAUUCUGGGUCGGGCCCUGUGUCAGGUCUGGAUCUCCUGCGAUGUACUCUGUUGCACAGCCAGUAUCUGGAAUGUGACGGCCAUUGCCCUAGAUCGUUACUGGUCCAUAACACGCCACCUGGAGUACACAUUAAAAACACGUAAACGAAUCUCCAAUGUGAUGAUUUGCCUCACAUGGCUACUCUCCUCUGUUAUCUCGCUUUCUCCGCUUUUUGGUUGGGGUGAGACCUACUCAGAAGUCAGCCUGGCUUGUCAAGUAAGCCAGGAGCCCUCAUACACAGUCUUCUCCACUUUUGGAGCCUUUUACCUGCCCCUCUGUGUGGUCCUCUUUGUCUACUGGAAGAUCUACAAGGCUGCCAAGUUCCGCAUUGGCUCUCACAAGACCAACACCAUCACACCAAUGGCUGAAGUCAUAGAGGUAAAGGAGGCCGAACGGCAGCCACAGAUGGCCUUCACAGUUCGUCACGCAACUGUAUCUUUCCAGACGGAUGGCGAGACGUGGCGAGAGCAGAAAGAGAGGAGAGCGGCUCUGAUGGUGGGCAUCCUGAUUGGUGUAUUUGUGCUCUGCUGGAUUCCCUUUUUCCUUGCUGAGCUCAUCAUUCCGCUCUGUUCAUGCGACAUCCCCCCUGUCUGGAAAAGUGUCUUUCUCUGGCUGGGUUACUCAAACUCCUUCUUCAACCCACUCAUUUACACAGCCUUUAACAAGAACUACAACAAUGCAUUUAGAAAUCUCUUUUCCAGACAGCGAUAAGGAACGGAAAGAAGAACAAGGGUAAUGAUAACCUUUGGAUUUUAGGAGUAGAAAGUGAGAAAAAUAUCAAAAGAAGCCAUCUUCUCUCACAGAAGACAUAAGCGAUACAAAAGCAAGGCCAUGAAUGCACGGGCUUUAACCGCUGUUCUAGGAGGAAGGGGGGAUUGCCAACCCACAUCAAGAAACUGCAGGUCAAGUGAUGACUCUAGGGUUCACAUCUUCACCUGCUGGUCAUAUAUCUGUCAAUAUGUGGCGGCUGCUGAUGUCUUCAUGGUUAGACAAGUUGGCCACCAUCUGUUAAAUCAGCAGUGCUGAGAUAAUGCAAGUGUUCUCUUUAGCAAAGCU